AUGCAGAUGAUACAAGGCAGCCAGCCGCAGAAGACCGAGCGUCAGCAGACCUGGAGCUUGGCGACAUAUCGGAAAUUUCCCCAGCUAGCAGGCCAACACUUCAUGACGGGGGGCAGAGUGGCCAGUUGUGGCGCAGGACUUCUUUUGCCUGUGGAGACGCUUGCAGCCAGACCUUUGUCAGGAUAUGUGCAAUUUCGCGUGGGCCUUGCCAAUUUGUGCUGUACAGGAACGCUGGCGGCCCUUUGCUUUGUGAUAGGUUCAUUGCUGGGUUCAGCUCUGGGUGAGUCAAGAUGGUCGCCUGAGCUGAUGGACUUCACGAAUUUCAUUGGAAUCCUGGUGCUGUUUGUUGGCAUGGCUGGAGCGGGACGUGUGACACUGAAACUGACCGCGUCAGAGGACCAUGUCCAAUUUCCAACUUCUGUUCACAGGGGAUUUUCGCUCGGGUUUCGCGCUGGAGCAAGCUUGAAGGUAGCAAGAUGA